AUGACUGAAUAUUUGGGGAAAGCUCAGAGUCUACUUCAUGAUCUUAAUGAACUUCUGCCUCUCACUGGUGAUGUUACUAAGGAACAGGAACAACGUAAUACACUUUUUAUGUUGUUCAUUUUAUAUGGUUUGCCUGACCGUUUAUCUGCCAAUCGGGAUCAAAUUUUGGGAUCUGCUACAGUUCCUACACUGGAUUCCGUGAUGUCUACCUUGCUUAGAAUUCCCUUUAAGCCCUCUACGUCAUCAGCACCUCCUAUGAUGCCUAUACCCCCAGUGGAUUCUGUUGACUCUUCCGCUCUUGCUGCUCAAGGGUAUGGUCGUGGACGUCGAUUCUCUAAAGGAAAGCUAUUAUGCACUCAUUGUCAUCAGACCAAUCAUACUGUUGACCGCUGUUGGAAGCUUUAUGGAAGGCCACAUCCACCUCCUCUGAAUGCUCAUGUUGCUCAGGCUUUCUCUAGUACCUCGGCUUCAGAGUUACCUUCCAGUGCACAACCUCCAGCUGCUCUUCUGAACGAAUUUUCAUCCUUCCCAGGUGACCUUCUUUACCUUCCGUCUUUACCUGUUCAUGUUUCUGACUCUCCUUCUAUCACCUCCUCUGCUGAUGAGAACGAGCAUAGUUCGUCAGAUGUAUCUGUGGACUCGCAUUCAACUGCAUCUCCUCCCACGACUUCGGUCCCACCUGCGGAUAAUGACCUUCCCAUUGCUCUUCGUAAGGUCGUCUCUCAAAAUCUUGAGUUCUCUUUCUCUGUGCCCGCACACAUAGUCGCUUCAAAACUUGGAUUUUCUUGUCCAACGCUUGCUCAAGUUGUUGCUUCAAAUCCUGGAUCUGCCUUCCGAUCUCUUAAUUUUCUAUAUCUCGCGGGUCAAUCUGACGCAGUUGUCUAUAUUCUUCAGGAACGAAUCCACGUUCCUUACCCUUGUGACUCCGCCGCCGUCGACCUUCACGAUUCUGUUCAGCCAUUGGUUGAAGGUUUUCUUGACUUUGAUGAAGUUGCUAGAUUAAGGGAGAAUAAGAAGAAGGAUGUAAAUACAAUUUUCUUCCUUCUUAAGAGGACAUAUUUCCAAGGAUCAUGGGUGCAACUUUAUCUAAGAAAGCAUAACAGGUCUUGCAAAAGCAAUAUCAAGGCGACAACAAGAUUUAUAUGGACACUUUUCUUAUCACAUAAGCAUGAGUACAAAUCUUUUAAGAAGUUAGCAAAACAUAUCGUGAAUAAGAAAAAUAUGAAAAUUGUUCAUAUUAGAAGUGAUCAUGGUGGUGAGUUUGAAAAGUUUUGUGAUAAGCAUGGCAUAGGCCAUAAUUUCUCUUCUCCUAGAACACCUCAACAAAAUGGAGUUUUUAAGAGGAAGAAUAGAGUUUUAGAAGAACUUGCUAGAACUAUGAUUAGUGAAAGCAAUCUUCCUAAGUACUUUUGGGCUGAUGCAUCUUGUGAUGAUGAUAUUGUAGAUACUUUGGAUGACUUGUCUUUGGAAGAUAAGAAUGCUAACAACAAGGAAAAGGAAAAUAUUGAUGAUCAAAGGAAUCAACAAAGUAAGCAACAAUAG